UGGGCCUGGCGGCCUCCUGGAUACCGGAGGCUAGGGGGCGGAGCUCACCCCUUGCCCUUGGGGUCCCCCGGGCUCCACCAAUCAGCGAGCGCCCUGUUGGCCGUCCGCUGCCUCCUGCGCCCCUCCCUCUCCCGCCGGCCUCCGCGUCCCAGAAUCCAAGAUGGCGGGGUCCAGGCGUAGGGGUCCCCAGGCUAGAGCGCGGCCGUUUUUCUGCGCCCUGCUGCUGUCGCUCAGUCGUCUCGUCGGGGGCGACGGCGUGGGAGGAGACCCCGGCGCCGCGGGCACCCCGGCCGCGCAGCCACAUCGCCGUUUCGAGUACAAAUACAGCUUCAAGGGGCCGCACCUGGUGCAGAGCGACGGGACCGUGCCCUUCUGGGCCCACGCGGGGAAUGCUAUUCCAAGUUCAGAUCAAAUUCGAGUAGCACCAUCUUUAAAAAGCCAAAGAGGGUCAGUGUGGACAAAGGCAAAAUCAGCCUUUGAAAACUGGGAAGUUGAGGUGACAUUUCGAGUGACUGGAAGAGGUCGAAUUGGAGCUGAUGGCCUGGCAAUUUGGUAUACAGAAAAUCAAGGCUUGGAGGGCCCUGUGUUUGGAUCAGCUGAUAUGUGGAAUGGUGUUGGAAUAUUUUUUGAUUCUUUUGACAAUGAUGGAAAGAAAAAUAAUCCUGCUAUAGUAAUUAUAGGCAACAAUGGACAAAUCCAUUAUGACCAUCAAAAUGAUGGUGCUAAUCAGGCUUUAGCAAGUUGCCAGAGGGACUUUCGUAAUAAACCUUAUCCUGUCCGGGCAAAGAUUAUCUAUUACCAGAAAACAUUGACAGUAAUGAUCAAUAAUGGCUUUACACCAGACAAAAAUGAUUAUGAAUUUUGUGCCAAAGUGGAAAACAUGGUUAUCCCUGCACAAGGACAUUUUGGAAUAUCUGCUGCAACUGGAGGUCUUGCAGAUGACCAUGAUGUCCUUUCUUUUCUGACUUUCCAGUUGACUGAACCUGGAAAGGAGCUGCCUACACCAGAUAAAGAAAUUUCGGAAAAAGAAAAAGAAAAGUAUCAGGAGGAAUUUGAGCACUUUCAACAAGAAUUGGAUAAAAAAAAAGAGGAAUUCCAGAAGGGCCACCCUGACCUCCAAGGGCAACCUGCGGAUGAAAUCUUUGAGAGUGUAGGAGAUCGUGAGCUAAGACAAGUCUUUGAAGGACAGAAUCGUAUUCAUCUUGAAAUCAAGCAGCUGAACCGGCAGUUAGAUAUGAUUCUUGAUGAACAGAGAAGAUAUGUGUCUUCCUUGACAGAGGAGAUCUCAAAAAGAGGAGCAGGAACCCCCGGGCAGCAUGGGCAGAUCACUCAGCAAGAACUGGAUACUGUUGUGAAAGCUCAGCAUGAAAUUCUGAGACAAGUAAAUGAAAUGAAGAAUUCCAUGAGUGACACUGUCCGACUGGUCAGUGGAAUACAGCAUCCUGGUGCUGCCGGGGGCUAUGAGACAGCGCAGCACUUCAUUGACAUCAAAGAGCACCUGCACAUAGUAAAGAGGGACAUAGAUAACUUCAUGCAGCGAAAUAUGCCAUCAAAUGAAAAGCCAAAAUGCCCGGAACUACCGCCAUUUCCAUCCUGUUUAUCUACGGUCCACUUCGUUAUAUUUGUAGUGGUACAGUCGGUGUUGUUCAUUGGUUAUAUCAUGUAUAGGACUCAGCAAGAAGCAGCUGCCAAAAAAUUCUUUUGACCACCAUUUUCACAAGUGUGCACCAUUGGAGUCAGGCCAUAUUAUGAAGAUUCCCGUUUUGUACAGCAUGUAACUUCAGCUCAAAUGGCAUGAUCUGAGGAUACUUUAAUCUGAUGAAACCUGUCACUACAUUCUGGUUUACAUUACUCCAUGCAACCCGGAGUUUGUGACUGUUUGCAUAGUCUUUAAAUCAAGGAGGUUGUAGUUUUAAAUCAAGCCGUUUUAAGGUUUUUGAAGCCAAAACUUCUGAUUUCUUUAUUUUAAUGCCAUAACUGAGAAUACUGUGAAGAACUUGUUAUCAAACUUAACUUGAAAUGUCUGACUGGAAGGGGUUUUUAUAUAAAGUCUUUGUGUAUAUUUCUAGGUAUUAUAGAAACAGUCUAUAAAUGACAUUUUAAAAUACAGAUUUAAUUUUGUUUUCACGACUGACUUUUGCUAUCUUCAAAAUAUUCCUUUGCCUCUUGUAGCUGAAGUGAUUGUCUUUCGUCAUAGAAUCCAAACCUAUGUUAUAAAAUAAUACUAAUAAAUUCUUCCAAGCCUUCUUAAGUUUGCUCUCAAAUGUCAUUUACAGAUUGGGCUAGUGACCUAAAAAUCUGCACAAAGACUUUAUGAAGAAUUCUGCUUUAUAACAAUACUGAACUAGUACUGUGUGUACAAACAGUCUUACAUUGCUUUGUAUGUUGGCAUUGAUCCUAGAACACUGAAGAGAAUAUGCUAAUUUGACUUACUCUAUCCACUUCAGUCACUUCAACAUAGAAAAUGCUUCUCUACUGUUUUUCCUUUGUAGUGUUAACAUUUUGCAAUUCAUG